AUCAACCUCCGGAACCAAUGGCUUUCUCAGGAUUUGGCGCUAAGCCUGCUGGUUCAGGUCUCUUUGGUUCUUUCGGCCAACAGCAGAGCACCCAACCGACUGGAGGCCUCUUCGGUCAGCCCCAACAGCAACAGCAGCAGCCACAGCAGUCCACAGGCCUCUUCGGCCAACAACAAAACACAACGAGUGGUGGCGGUCUCUUUGGUCAACAGCAGCAACAACCUCAGCAGCAACAGUCGGGCGGAUUGUUUGGGCAAUCGACAACGCAGCAGAACCAGCCAUCGACGGGGUUAUUUGGACAGACGCAGCAGCAACAACCAUCGACGACGGGAGGUGGAUUGUUUGGGAACACAGGGACGCAGCAGACGGGAGGGGGGUUGUUUGGAAAUACGGGUACUUCUGGGCAGCAGCAGCAAAGUGGAGGACUCUUUGGGAACACUAGCACCACCAGUGGUCAGACAGGCGGAGGAUUGUUCGGAAAUACUUCCAAUACCACGACCGGCCAAACAGGCGGAGGACUCUUUGGAAACACCUCCAACACGACCACUGGUCAAACCGGUGGAGGACUAUUCGGCAACACCAGCAACACUACAACUGGGGGUGGACUGUUCGGUAACACCGGAACAACAACUGGUCAGACUGGUGGUGGGCUGUUCGGUAACACCAGUAACACGACUGGACAGACUGGAGGUUUGUUUGGGAACACGAGUACCACCGGACAAACGGGUGGGGGCCUAUUUGGCAACACGAAUACUCAGCAACAGCAGUCUGGAGGUGGUCUCUUCGGAAGUACAGCGCCUUUACAAGGCCAGGCUACCCAGCCUGCCGGAGGCUUCGGUGGAUUCGGGUUGAGCAAGCUGCCUUCGCAGACACAACAAUUUGGAGCAUCUACCGCAGCACAACAAGGAAAUGCACCCCUCAUGACGAAAUCCACUAAAUUUAAUGAUCUCCCUGAAAACGUGCGCCAAACACUGGAAGCUCUCGACAAUCAUAUCCAGGGCAGAGUGCAGAUUAGUAAAGACCUACAUCAACGCAAGCUCGGUGAAGAGCCUACCAAGGGUCAAGCCUCGAUAAAGCAGUUGCACAAGGAUCUGAAGGGCAAGGUCGACCAGACGAUCCAGGAUGCACGCGUCAUGGCUUCAAUCAUCGAUGCGUUCCGUAACCCGCAGAGUGGGAACACUGCGCUCAAAGAUCACGCCAAUUUCCCCCUAGAGUACUUUACCCGAAUCGCCGAUCAAAUGCGCGAGAGGUUGGUGUGGUACAAGACGACAAUCGAGCAAAUCGAGCGCAAGUUGUUGUCUUCGUCUGGGCAAUCUCAGACUCCACAGGGUAUUGUUGCGACCCUCCAAGCCCAACACGCGACCUUCCUCGCAUUGGCCAGUAAAACAGCCGCCUUGGACGCGGAAGUGCAGAAGAUCAAAGUGUUGUAUACGCAGCUAUGGCGGGCCAAGACAGGGAGUGUCAGGGAUCCUUUUAACGAUACUCCGAAGACAUCAGAAAAGGCAGAUUUCGGAAUGAGUACUCUCUCUGUUCGAUAA